AUGGACGGUGGACACAGCCUCAGGAUAGACGUGACUGUCCGUGAGCUCAUGGAGCUCUUUCUACAGAGUCCGCUGGUGGCGGGGGUGACCCGCCACCAGGAGAGCCUGUUGGACCUGCAGUGGUUGGAGGUCCCAGACAUGGCCCUGGAGGAGGUGGAGUACCUCUCCAGCAGCAUGAUCUGUCGCCUCAGGAGGGUCUUAAUUGAGCAAGACCAUUGCAGGAAGCUGGUCGUGACCAUGACCCAGGAGUGGAACACCAGCAUCCGCCCCAGCGAGGACAUGCAGCACCUGGCCGUGGAGCUGGCGGACACCAAGGCCACGCUGAGCGGCGUCAGGCAGGAGCUGGAGGAGAAGACGAAACAGCUGUCGGACACCAGGCAUCAGUUGUACCAGCUGGUGCUGGAGCUGCAGGAGGCCCGGCACAAUAACAUGGAGCUGGUAGCCAGUGCCCAGGCUACCUGUCCCCCCCUCCCUGAGCUGGACUCCCUGAGGGAGAAGGCAAGGCACGUGAAGAGGCUGGAGAUGGAGGCGAUGGGCCUCAGGCAGAAGGAGAAAGACAUAGACUUCUAUGCAUGUCCGGCCAUGCUCACCGCAUCUCUGUGUGGAGACUUGGGCACCAUGACUCAGGUGCGGACUGGAGACGAUUAUUCAGUGGACACAAAGGGCCACCUCCAGGAGCAUUGGAUUUGGUAUUGGAUUGAUAAGCUAUUCGAGCGGGAGGAGGAGAAUGUGCAGCUGAAAUUGAAGCUGCACCACCUACAAUUGGACCGGGACACAGACCAGAAGUGCCUUGAGGAGCUGCGGGAAGAGAACAUGGCCCUUAAGACUGCACAGGGGCAGAGUGUGGAGGAGUCCGCCCACCUGCGUUGGGAGCUGGAGCAGCUGUCAGAGGAAGCUGAGGCUGAGGCCCCUGGAAUAUGGGCUCUGACUCCACUUUGCUCUUCAGCCUCCAGCUGCUUCCUGAAGCUGGACCAGGAGAAGCAGAGCCUCCAGGGCACCAUCCAGGGUCUGCCGGAAGCCUCCCUGGCCCGGCAGGAGAGCAGCCUCCAGCGCCGGGAGCUGGAGGAGGAGAACCAGCAGCUCAGAAAGCAGAUUGAAGACUUGCGAGUCCAGAUGGAAAGAGAAAAGCAGACCAGCCAGGAUCUGGAGAUCCUCAGUGAGGAGCUGAUGGAGGAGAGAGAACAGCUGCUCUGUGACAUAGAGACCCUGAAGGCUGAGAGAGCCCAGGAGAUUGAAGACUUGCGAGUCCAGAUGGAAAGAGAAAAGCAGACCAGCCAGGAUCUGGAGAUCCUCAGUGAGGAGCUGGUGGAGGAGAGAGAACAGCUGCUCCGUGACAUAGAGACCCUGAAGGCUGAGAAAGCCCAGGAGUUCAAGGAUCUGAAAAAACUGGUGCAUUCACUGCGGGAUAGUUCACAGACCAGCAGCAAGGCCCGCAUGAAGGGCAGGAAGACUGAGCAAAAAGUCCUCCUCCAGACGGUGACGGACACCAAAAGGAAAGUGACCAUGAUGGAGUGGGAGCGGCGGCAGCUGUGCCGGGACCUGGAGCAGGUGAAGGCGCAGGCGGCGCAGGCACAGGAGCUGGAGCACAUGAAGGAGCUGCAUCGGCUGCAGGAGGAGAACGAGAAGCUGGCCAUGGAGGUCAGCGCCCUGACGACGGCCCCUGAGAGGGUCCACGCCCUGGAGUGGGAAAGCCAGGACCUGUUGCUGGAGAACCAGAGGCUGCAGACGUCUCUGGACACCCUGCAGCCUGAGGGUCUGGAGCGGGACAAGCAGCUGGACACCAGGGUGGAAAAUUCCACUCUGUGCCCCCAGAGCGCCUCGCUCACUGCGCUCAUAGAGAAGAACACGCAGCUCCAGCACCAGCAACUGGCGGCAGCCCACGAGGCCCUGCAGCGGGAACACGCGUGCCUGGGCGCGCUCCAUGAGCACCUGUCUGGGGAACAUGAGGCCCUCAUGGAUGAGUACAGCCGCCAGAAGACACUGCUGCGACGGACCCUGGAGCUGGAGAGCAAGGUGCUCAGUGACAGAUACAAGGACCAGCUCCAACAUAAGGCGGCGCUGGAGCAGCUGGGGACGCUCUUGACCACCGAGCGGGAGGCUCUGCAGCAGGAGCAGAGGACCAGCGCCAUGGCCACCGAGGAGAACCAGAGGCUGCAGGGAGAGCUGGACAGUUAUGAUGCUGAUGACUGUUGGGCAGGGGCACCUGCAUCCUCUAACACCAGCAAUCCUUGCAACUGGCUCAGGGAGGAGCUCCAGAGCAGGGACAUCUCGCUGACCGAGCUGGGCAACCACUGCCAGCUGCUCUCCCACCUCAAGGGCAACUUGGAGGGAGAAAACCGUCACCUACAGAGCCAAAACCAAAGGUUGAAAGAGCAGAACAAGAGGCUUCUCCAGGAGGACGUGGAGAACAAGGACCAGCACCAGGAGCAGCAGCGGCAGUACGUAGAAAAAUUAAAUGCCUUACAGAGACAAAAUGAAACACUGGAAGAAAAAAGCAUGGCUCAGCGCAAGUUCCAUGAUCCAGCGCCAAAGAAGAAAAAGCACUGGAUUGGAGUCAAAGCCUUAGUCAAACUCAUCAAACUAAAGAAAGGGGGUUCCAGAGAACGACGAAAGUCAACCUCAGAGAGUCCUCCCUGGCCACUGGGGUCCUCAGACCAGGCCUCGCCCAGUACUUCUCAGCCUCUUCAAUCUCAGCUGGAGCCCCUCCAGGCCACCCCAUGCUGCUCAAAGGGGUCAGAAGAGCAAGACACCCGCAGAGGGCCCAAGGAUAAAGGUCUACAAUAG